AUGGCACGAAGCAAAAAGAGAAAAGCUGAGGAAGGAGAUGUGAUCAGAAUCGGAGACAAAGUCAUAUCCCUCGAGGGUUAUUUAACCAAAAAGCCCAAGACGCAAUCAACAAUCGGAUCGCCAACUGCCAAUUCGGCAAAGGGUGACCUUAGGAAGCCUCACCAAUCGUCGACGUCACAACACCUUUCCCCAGAGAGGGUGUUGACCACGUUCAAACCCUGUCUCCCACCUUCGGGUGACCCUCAGUAUUUCGCUGUGCGUCAGGCUUUGCCGCUUUGGACGCGUCAAGAUGAUAUUCGUCGCAUACUUCGCCGAAAAGACGUUCUGAUCCUCGUUGGAGAGACGGGUUCCGGCAAGAGCACUCAAGUACCUCAAUUCCUCUACCAAGAGCAGUGGUGUAGGAAGAAGAAAGUGAAAGUUGAACUGGACGGAACGACGCAAGAGGUUUCUGUUGGUGGGGUGAUAGCCGUUACUCAACCUCGCAGGGUUGCGGCAACAACCCUGGCUCAUCGAGUUUCCCGUGAAGUCGGCACUCCUUUGAGUAGUCACUCUUUUAACGGGCUUGUGGGGUACUCGGUUCGGUUUGAUCAUCGAGUUCCUCGGGGCACGAAGAUCAAAUACCUCACGGAGGGUAUGCUGCUUCAAGAGAUGCUCCGUGAUCCUCACCUAAGGCAGUACAGCGCCAUUAUCGUUGAUGAGAUUCACGAGCGCAGUGUCGAUGUCGACCUGCUUGCUGGUUUUCUUAAGCAAAUCAUCUGCGGUGACAAAGCCGGGCGUGGGGGGGUCCCACUUAAGGUUGUUAUUAUGAGCGCGACCGCUAAUGUCGAGAGUAUCAAGAGGUUUUUCUCUCCAGAAGAUGGUGCAACUGAAGGGAAUGGCUCAGUUGAGUACUUGCGGAUUGAAGGACGCCAGUUCCCUGUUGAAAUAAUACACACUCCAAAACCAGUGCCCGACAUCGAAGAGGCUUUGCUUGAAACAAUCAUUAAAAUUCACACUGAAGAAGCGCUUUCAGACAAGUAUGGCAGGAAAGACAUUUUGGCAUUCCUCCCUGGGCAAGAGCAAAUUGAAUCUGCCAAAGACAGGAUUGAGGAAUGGGCAUCAGGACUAGACCCAAAUCUUCCCAAGAUUAAAGUUUUCCCAUUGUUCGGCCAACUUCCUAUCGAGGCCCAGCACCAAGCAUUUCAGCCACUGCCUAGCGGCUUUACGCGGAAAAUUGUCCUGGCAACCAACAUCGCCGAAACCUCAGUCACGGUUCCCGGAGUACGAUAUGUGAUCGACUGCGGUAAGGCGAAGAUCAAAGAAUACCGCCCGCGAUUGGGAAUGGAAUCCUUGCUUCCCAAAGGCAUUUCAAAGUCAUCAGCAAUUCAACGAGCUGGGCGGGCUGGACGAGAAGGCCCCGGGAAGUGUUUCAGACUCUACACAAAGGAGACAUACGAGUCUCUGCCAGAGUCAGAUCUUCCUGAAAUCCUUCGGACGGACAUUCUCAACGCGGUCUUGACUAUGUUAGCACGAGGGGUCAAUGACAUUCUUGCUUUCCCCUUGAUGGACCCGCCUGAAGCAGAGUCUGUGGAGAAAGCUCUUUUGCACCUCAAUGUCCUCGGUGCUAUUGAUGAUAAUGGUAUCAUCACUCAAAUGGGAAGGAAAAUGGUCAUGUUCCCUGUAACACCGCCUUAUGCCCGAGUUCUCCUUGCAGCAGCUGAGCCCGAGUACGAUUGCCUGCUUGAGGUUAUCGAUAUUAUCGCUUGUGUCACUGCCGGCGAAGACAUCUACCUUCAAUUGCGUUCAGAAGAUGAGGAGUCGGAAGCAAUGCAACUUCGAAAAGAGCUAUACCGACGCGAAGGAGACCUUAUCACAUAUUUGACAACAAUGCAGCGGUAUACAUCGGAGAAUGCUGAUCGGACAAAGUGGUGCAAGGACCGUAAAAUCAACGUCAGGAAUAUGAAACAAGCUCUCAACAUUCGCAAGCAGCUUCGGGGUUUAUGUGUUAAAGAAGGGAUGAUGGAAGAUCCACCAAAAGAUCCUCAACCCUUCACGCCAGUUUCUCCAGAACAAGCCGAAAAAAUUCUCAAGGCGUUUCUGAAGGGGUUCGCCCUAAAAACCGCCAUUUUGGCCCCGGACUAUAGCUACGUUACCUCACAUGGCAAGCAUGUUGUUGCAAUACAUCCUUCAAGUGUUUUACACGGUCAAAAGAAGGAAGCUAUCAUGUAUCUGGAUUAUGUCUACACACAAAAGAACUACGCCAAGAAGGUCAGCGUCGUCCAAAGUUCUUGGAUUGCAGAGGCUCUAGGAGCAUAA